UCACCACAGGCUAAGGUUAGCGGCCCCCCCUCGUAUCAGAUUAGAUCAGACCGACUUAAAACUAGGGUUUGGAAGAGAGAGAUGAAGAUAGCUCUUCUUCUUCCCUUCGGAUCUCUCCCUUUUCAUCUCUAUCUUUGCAAUUCCAUUCCAUACAAAGAAAUCUAGCUCUCUUUCUUUGCAAUUUUCUUUCCAUAAUAGGAAAUCCCGCUCUCUCUCUCUCUCUCUCUUCGUGUUUUACCUUCUCUGCAAUUUCUUACCAGAAAAGGAAAUCUCUUUCUCUUCUCUCUAGUUCUGGAAGGAGAUUGCUCUUCCUGCAUCUGCAAUUUUCUUUCCAUAAAAGGUAAUUUCAAUGGAGACUCAAUGGAUUACGGAAUUUCCACAUACAAACAUGGACAAACGGCCCAGGAAAAGGCCCAGGCUGACGUGGGACAUGCCGCCUCAGGUUCCUAAGGCUCUUCCAACAGUUGGCAAUGCCACGAUCCCAAAUCAUAAUCUCGGUUCUUCUCUUUACUACAAGGGAGCUGCUCGUAAUGGGUCCCCUCCUUGGCGCAAUGAUGAUAAAGAUGGGCAUUAUAUGUUUGCAAUCGGGGAGCACUUGACCUCCCGCUACAGGAUACUCAGCAAGAUGGGUGAAGGGACAUUUGGGCAAGUCUUGGAAUGUUGGGACAUGGAAAAGAAAGAAGCGGUGGCAAUAAAAAUUGUCCGAUCAAUUAACAAGUAUCGUGAAGCUGCCAUGAUUGAAAUUGAUGUGCUGCAGAAUCUUGCCAAACAUGAUAUUGGAGGCACUCGUUGUGUUCAAAUACGGAAUUGGUUUGACUAUCGUAAUCAUAUUUGUAUUGUAUUUGAGAAGCUUGGACCAAGCUUAUACGAUUUUCUCCGGAAAAACAGCUACCGUUCAUUUCCCAUUGAUCUAGUUCGGGAGCUUGGCAGACAACUUUUGGAGUCUGUAGCAUUUAUGCAUGACCUGCGACUUAUUCACACAGAUCUGAAGCCGGAAAACAUUCUUCUUGUUUCUGCAGAAUAUGUGAAGGUGCCUGAUUACAAGUUUCUAUCACGAUCUGCAAAGGAUGGUUCUUAUUUCAAGAAUCUGCCGAAAUCUAGCGCAAUCAAGCUCAUUGAUUUUGGUAGCACAACAUUUGAGCAUCAAGAUCACACUUAUGUGGUGUCAACGCGGCAUUACCGUGCACCUGAGGUUAUCCUGGGACUUGGAUGGAACUAUCCUUGUGAUUUAUGGAGUGUGGGUUGCAUUCUUGUUGAGCUAUGCUCGGGAGAGGCCCUCUUCCAGACCCAUGAAAACUUGGAGCAUCUAGCCAUGAUGGAGAGAGUGUUAGGCCCGCUGCCCCAGCAGAUGGUGAACAGAGCUGAUCGGCGUGCUGAGAAGUAUUUCAGAAGGGGUACAAGAUUGGAUUGGCCUGAAGGUGCAACUUCUAGGGAAAGCAUGAGGGCAGUCUGGAAAUUGCCUCGUCUGCAGAAGCUCUACUGAAUUGAUUUAUGUGAACUACGACACCUGAAUUACAGACUGGAUGUCGAUUAUACUGCAAGGUAAAGAUUGGCAGGUGCGUUUUUUUGCCUCUAUAUUUAUUAUUUUUUCCUAAUGAAAAAAAAGAAGCUGAUUUCCCUAGUUAUGUAUAAGCACUGAUACAUCAUGCAUCUUAUCCCAUCGUAAUAUAGUGCAUUAUGUGGGCCUGUGUGGGCCCAACAUUGGAAUGCCCAUGGUCCCAGAAUCAAUCUGGUAAGAUGGAUCUUUAUUAUGGGCAUUGGUAUGAUCAGGGAGGGACACUUCCCUUCUAAGGUUUCUGAUCAUGCUCAAGAGUCAAAAUUCAAUUGGGUAGAUGAUCAUGAGACUCAAUUGCCAGUUGUGAAUGGUUGGUUAGAGGUCUGCCCUGCAUUCAAGGCGCAGAUAUAUAUGAUAGGAGAUGGCUAUGAUUUCCUAUUUGUGAGGCUUUAUGGGUUCCGGUCUGUCCAUGAUGGUGCCUGCCAAAUCAACGGUUCAGGUCAUGCUGCUGUGGACAGCAUACAAUGGACAUGGAUGCCGCAUUGGGGCGGACCAGCAAGCAAAAUUAAUCUAAUUGUUGGGACCCGCCAGGUGAAAUUGUGAUGACCUUGAACUAUUGUUUGGAUGAAGAGGGUAGUACCCUAGCAUGAAGGGGUAUCAACAAGUGUGGCCCAAGUUCCAAUGUUUGAUCCAUGGUGUUGGUACGAUGGGACUUCUUUGUAUACUCCAUACUUGAAAAGUAUGCAAUAUUUGGAGGA